AUUUUUUACUGGAAAUACAUCCUUCAUGACCUUUGGUCUUAAUAAAAGACAUUUAUUAUGAGACACCACAACAAAGUUUCUCUAUAUUGCACGUAGCCUCCUGGAGCAGUAGAGAUGACAUCGAUAUCAUGGUAACUAAAAGAUAUGUGCAGUGAUUAAGUGAUUACGGGUUUGGCACAGACUGAAGAAACGACUGAAUGGAGCUCAGCACUCUCACAGAUUAACCUUUGAAACCGGAAACGUUUAAUACACACAUACAACUUUAAUAUUACAAAACUAGUGCAACUUUAAGUUGUUGUGACGUAAUCCCGUGGAAUGAAUAUGGCAGAACCCAAUAUUUUUGGGGACCAGUUUAACUGUUCAGUGUGUCUGGGUCAAAUGACUGAUCCUGUGACAAUACCCUGUGGACACAGUUACUGUAUGAUCUGUAUUAAAGACUACUGGGCUCGAGAUGAUCAGAGAGGUGUCUACAGCUGUCCCAUGUGCAUGCAAAUGUUCAUUAAAAGACCUGAUUUAAAUAAAAACACCAUUAUGGCUGAAAUGAUAGAGCAACUGAAGAUGAUUCAGAUUCCUGGUCGCCUCCAUGCUGGACCUGCUGAACAGAAACAACUAGAGGAAGCACAGAGAAAAUACCAGAAAAUUAUCCAGUUGACAGAUAAAAAUCUUCAGAUGCUAAGAGAAGAUGUGAAGUCUUACAAGCACUAUAUAGAGACACAGCUGAUCAAAGAUCAGAAGUCUGCAGUAAGUCAAGCCAAAGGACUUUUGGAGCGGGAGACUAAUGAACCGGGGAGGACAGAUGCUGAACUGAAGAAGCAUUUGCUCACACGUGAUCACAUCAGUUUAAUGCAGAGUUUGCGGUCUUUGUCUGAUUCUGGUUCUCUUUAUGGAGAGACACUUGAAGACUUUCGCAAAGUGAGAAUGCAAAAUUUAACGGGUAUAGCACCAGACUCACUGUUCAGGACACUGCCAAAGACCAGUCCCUUUUCAGUGGCACUACCAUGGUCAGGGUCUACCUCAACUUCACACUCACUGCCCUGGUCCAUCACAUUUCCAUUGUUAUUGCAUAGUUAUGGCUUAACAGCACAAAAGCCACAGCCCAGGGCCUUCACAUCUUCAGAUUCACAGCCCAGGUCCCUUAUAGAGCUAAACCCACGAUUUAGGACACCUACAGCACCAGAGUCAAAAUUCAGUAAUGUUGUGGAAGAAUUGAAGUACAGGUUCCUUGAGAAAAAAUAAUAUGUGUUUUAAUAUGUGCUGCAGCUUUCUCUCUUUUUAUUUAGUGAUGAUACUUCACAAUAUCUUAUGAUCAAUGUGUAACACUUUAUAUUUCAGUUGCUAUCUUUAUUACUUAUACAAAAGUAGAAAAUUACAGCACAGCCUAAAGUCUAAAAUUGUUAAAGUUAUUGCACAGCAUACUUUAACCUGAAGGGUGUUUGGUAUCACUGUCUAGUCAGUACAACAGAAGUUAAGAGUGUGUAAAACCUGUGAAACCUUGAGGUGGUCAGCUUUUGUUAUAAAUGCAAUCCAGUCUCACAGAGAUGAGUAUAAAUAGCACAAAGUGUAAAAAUCGUGCAAUACAUACGCCAAAUUCCACUUUGGCGUGCAUAUGAUACGCCACUCCUUCCCAUUCACUUAAAUGGCGCAUCUUUUUUGUGGUUUUAUUUAUUGGUUUCUCCAUUUUUUUGCUUUUUUUACCAUUUUCGCUUGGGUUUAGAGUUAGAACAACUUUUUGUUAUAUAAAAAUGACAUCCUAACCCAAACCCCAAUUCUAACCCCAACUCCAAGGGAUCAUGGCUUAAAUAUAGACAAAAACAUGGAGAAACCUGUAUAUUAAAUAACCUCCUUAUGCAAAUGUGAAAUCUUACCCUAAACCCAAGCGAAAAUGGUUUAAAAACAGAAAAAAAUGGAGAAAGCAAUAAAUAAAACGACAAAAAAGAUGUGCUGUUUAAGUGAAUGGGAAAGACUGGAGUAUCAUAUGCACGCCAAAGUGGAUUUUGGCGUAUAUGUAUUGCAUGAUUUUUACACUUCGUGCUAUUUAUACACAUCUACAUGAGACUGGGUAGUAUAAAUGAUAAGUAAUUAUGUGUGUAAUACAUGAUUUCUUUAACACCUUUAACAUUUUCAAUGAUGUAAUAUGUGUUAAAUAUGUUCUUUUCCUUUUUUAUGUUAUUGGGUGAUCGUACAAUAGUUUAUUGGAAAAAGUUUUAAAAUGACGACCUCAACGUCUAAGCUAUAGAAUAAAAUUGCAUUUAACCAAUUAUACUUUAACAAAGUUAUUUAAAUUAAUUUUAAAAUGCCAUUCAAAUUAUUUAAAGGACACAUAUUAUACAAAAUCCACUUUUACAAGGUGUUUAGACAUAAAUGUGUGUUGGCAGUGUGUGAACGCAACAACCCUACAAUGAAAAAAAAUAUUUACCCCUUCUUUUUUAAUCCCCAUUAAUGCAAAACAUUCUCAUUAGACAUGCUGUUUUGAUUAUCUUAGCAAUGUGAUGUCACACUGCUAAAGCCCCACCCACGGCCACUUACUGACAGUCUUGUACUACCAUAGUUUCCACCUUCAGUGAGUUGGACGCUGUCUGCUAUUUUUUUGUGCUUCUUUGUGAAAUCACAUCUACUUUAACCAAAGCAUUUCUUUUGGUAAAGGAGCGAAGAGCAGUAGCUCAUUUGCAUUUAAAAGGUACACACACACACACACACACACACAACACUGUGUUUUUGCUCCCACCCAAAUUGGGCAUUUUGGACAUGCUAUAAUAAAUGAUCUGUGGGGUAUUUUGAACUGAAACUUUACAGACAAAUUCUGAACACACUUGAGACUUAUAUUACAUGUUGUAAAAAUGGACAUAAUAUGUGCACUUUAAAAAUUGUGGCAAUGCUCCAUUAGAUGUAAACUAAAAUAUCAGAAGUAAACUGUUCUGUUUCGGUUCAGUCAAUCAAACAGUGAAUGUAAUAAUAUAUCUGUAAAUUGUCUAAAUAUAUUUCAUGAUUUUUUAACCUGAGGUAUUUAUUCAUGUGAGGUUUGUGUGUGUAAAAAUCAAAUUUUCAUUAGUGAUUUUGAAACUCUCAAAAUAAAGUCAGUGAAACUCAUA